GUAGCCUUGUGGAUGGCCCCGGAGCAGGCCAGAUGGAACAGGACAGAACCAACCAUGUUGACGGCAAUAGAUUGAGUCCAUUUUUAAUACCACAAUCUUCUCACGUUUGCCCGGCAGAGCCUUCUGCAGUGAAGCUACAGAAUGGAAGUCCAGCAACAGAGAGGCCUGAAGUUGAAGUAAAUGGAGACCACAAGCGGCUACUCAUUAAAAGCAGCUAUGGAGUGCCCCACCUGAAGGGAAAUCCAAACAACCGCGUUAGCCCUGACCUUUUACAAGAAAAGAAAGUAUAUUCCAAAUAUAUGCAAAAUGGUGGGAUAAAACGCACUUUUAGUGAGCCCUCUCUGUAUGGACUUCAUGAGAACAAGAAAGCGAAACAAGACAAAGAGGUGAACGGAGAAAAAGCUGAGCCAGAAGAUAAUAAUGAAAAACCAAGCGUCUCCAAUUGUUAUAGUGAGAAGAAACCCGAGAGUUUUACAAGACAAGAAAAUGAAGUUUCAGAUUUGAUACAGCCUACAAGAUACAACAGUGGUGGUUCAGAAAACCCUCGUGACCUCCUGGUUCAGGAUGAGCAGGAGCAGGAAAACGUUCAUUGCCACAACAGGGACAUUGUCUUACUACUCAAGAACAAGGCGGUGCCAAUGCCUAAUGGUGCUACAGUUUCUGCCUCUUCCAUGGAAAGCAUGCAUGGUGAACUCCUGGAGAAAACACUGUCUCAAUAUUAUCCAGAACAUGUUUCCAUAGCAAUGCAGAAGAACACAUCUCAUAUCAAUGCCAUUACCAGUCAGGCUACUAAUGAGUUGUCCUACGAGACAACGCAUUCAUCCCAUACCUCAGGGCAGAUCACUUCCCCACAGACCUCAAACUCUGAGCUGCCUCAAGUGCCAGCUGUAGUGGUUACUGAGGUCUACAACGCAGAAGACUCCAGUAACCCACCUGUAUUGCCAGGUAGCUGUUCGCUUCAGAAACCAGAACUACAGCUACAGCAGCAGAUUCCAGGCUAUGAUCCACGCCAGUUACCCGUAGGAAACAGUACUGUUCGUGGAAGCGUAGGGCAGGUUCCCAACCCAGACCUCUCUCUAAGUUCCAGCAGUAACCUGCAAGCUCAGAGCGCCUCUCUGGAAAGGUUUUCUGAGCAAGCAGAAAAAAAUGGUGCUUUCUUUAAACAGAACUCAACUUUUCACAAAGAUUCCUCUACUCCUCCUGCUCCGGCAAUGAACAGUGCACUGUCCGUCGUGGUGCGAGAAGGACUCCAUUCCUUUGACAGCAGAUGUGACAAAACUCUUCCUGGGGAGAUAAAGAAUGAAGAAGGGCAACAGCAGGGACCAAUGUCAGAAAGUCCCAGCCUCAGCCAACAACAACAACUUCACCCUCAGCAGAGACUUCCGCAGCAGGCCCAAACGUCACCAGAUGCUAGUGAAAGCCACCCCCAAGCCGCUGUGGCCGCCUCGAUGCAGCAGCCCCCAGAAGAAACGACGCCGGCGUCAGAGCCUCCCCUCCCGAACCUGCAGGCGCGCGGAAGCGAGGGUGAGUUGCAGCAACACUACCAGCCUUUCCCAGGACACAGAGAACCUGAGAUUCCUCCCGACAAAGCAAAGGACCAAGCGAAAGAGCCUGCGCAACAGGCUCCACGUUAUUCAAAACCAGCCUGGAUAGAACUGGUUUCCACCCAGUUCCGCCAGGGAGAGCCUCCCCAAAAGCCCAGCGAAGCUUUAUUGCGAUCCAUUCUGCAGUUCCAGGCAAACACAGCCGAAACAGCCUACACGAAACAGUAUGCUGGAAGUCCUGAUGCAUUAAAGGGGCCUUCAGGGCAGCCCCAGAGCCAGAAGAUAAUGCAACAGGAACAAAUCCCCCCGCUGUACAAAAGCGAGACCUCCCAGCUGCAGCCGCGUCCCACAGCUGACCACCAGCAGCUGCCCUUCCAGAAACACUCACCGCAGCCACAGCUCACCAAGAUGGAUUCCCUACUCCAGUCCCAAGUGCAGCAACACCCUCCGCAGCAGCUCCAUUUCCAGCAACGACCAGAACAACAAGCCAAACAGCCUUUAGGGGCCCCGUUGAAACAGCAGCACUUGAAUCCCCAGCCGGGGGAAAACGAGCAAUUCUUGCAUUCACACAUUUUGCAACAGAUGCUGCAAAAACAGGCACAGCAGGUGCAACUGCCGUGCAGUUCACAGCUAACCCCAAACCAGCAACAGGCUCUGCAAAUGAAAAAUAAAGAGCUGCCCCAAGCCAUUUCCCACUCCCAAAGCAACGCCGAACAGCCGCUAGACAGGACAUCCUUCAAUCAGCUUAAAGCAGAUGAAUGUUUUCAAACUGGGAAUAAGUACAUGAAAUCAGCUGCGUUCCCACUGCACAGCCCUCAGCUAGGCCUAGAGCAGGGACAGAGCACGAACAACAAAGCUCCCCUUUACACUCAGAAAGCAAACGCUGGUCUGCAGCAUCCCUGCCCAAACAACGUGCACUCGAUCUCCGAGAAGAAAGAAAACCCCACAAAUAUGGAACGCUUCGGAGCCAACAAAAUGCAGGAUUUGCAACACGUGCAGUAUUUUUCAAAUAACUUGACCGCAAAGCAAGAUGUGAAUCACUCUUUCCAAGAACAAGAGCAACAGACACAACAAGCUUCAGUGAUACAGCUACCACCUCUCCAGCAAACACAGUGCUACGGUGGUGGCCUCAACCAAGACCCCUUGAGCCAACAAUCCACGCAGAUUCCUCAGCGGUACUUACCACACGGCCAGCAAACCGCCCCACACUCCCAAGACCAGAGAGGCUCUCAUUUGCAGUCCCAAACCCCUAAGGAUUUUCAAAAGCACGCUGCUUUAAGGUGGCAUCUCUUGCAAAAACAGGAGCAACAAGCAUACCAGCAACCCAAACCCGAGAUUGGUCCCAGUCCAGCACGCAAGCCUAUAAAAAUCGAGGCUGGCACAAAGUCUAAUGUCUGCAUGCGUCCAUCAGCUGGACAGCUGGAAAACAAAAUGUGGAAGAAAACAAUUAAACAAGAGAAUCAGCACUUUGGCUGCGAGAACAUGCAACAAAAGAGCAUCAUCGAGACAAUGGAACAGCAGCUAAAACAGAUACAGGUCAAAUCACUGUUUGAUCACAAAACUUUUACUAUCAAAUCACCUAAACAUGUGAAGGUUGAAACAGCAGGCCCUAUUACCAUCCUCUCAAGAAAUACCAGUGCUGCAGAUUUUGACACUCAGACCCCAAUCUUAGAUCAGCAAGCAAACCCGUCUGCUGAGAAAACCCCGACCAAAAGAACAGCUGGAACUGUUCUCAAUAAUUUUUUAGACUCACCUUCCAAGUUAUUGGAUACUCCUGUAAAAAAUUUAUUGGACACACCUGCCAAAACCCAGUAUGAUUUCCCAUCUUGCAGCUGUGUGGAGCAAAUUAUUGAAAAAGAUGAAGGUCCUUUCUAUACCCAUCUAGGAGCCGGUCCUAAUGUGGCAGCUAUUAGAGAAAUCAUGGAAGAAAGAUUUGGACAGAAGGGUAAAGCUAUAAGGAUUGAGAGGGUUGUCUACACUGGGAAAGAAGGCAAAAGUUCUCAAGGAUGUCCAAUUGCUAAAUGGGUAGUCCGCAGAAGCAGUCAGGAGGAAAAGCUGCUCUGCCUGGUGCGCGAGCGAGCGGGACACACGUGCGAGACGGCCGUGAUCGUCAUCCUCAUCCUGGUGUGGGAGGGGAUCCCAACGAGCCUGGCCGACAAGCUCUACUCCGAACUCACCGACACGCUGCGGAAGUACGGCACGCUCACCAACCGGCGCUGCGCCCUCAACGAAGAGCGGACUUGUGCAUGUCAAGGGCUGGACCCUGAAACUUGUGGUGCUUCAUUUUCCUUUGGUUGCUCCUGGAGCAUGUACUACAACGGUUGUAAGUUUGCCAGAAGCAAGAUUCCGAGAAAGUUUAAGCUGAUGGGGGACGACCCAAAAGAGGAAGAAAAACUAGAAUCCAAUUUGCAGAACCUGUCAACCCUGAUGGCACCUACCUACAAGAAGCUUGCACCUGAUGCAUAUAACAACCAGAUCGAGUAUGAGCACAGAGCACCCGAGUGUCGCCUGGGCUUAAAAGAAGGUCGCCCGUUCUCAGGGGUCACCGCCUGCCUGGAUUUCUGCGCUCACGCCCACAGAGACCUGCACAACAUGCAGAACGGGAGUACCCUGGUUUGCACACUAACUAGAGAAGACAAUCGUGAAAUCGGCCAAACACCAGAAGAUGAGCAGCUCCACGUGCUCCCAUUAUACAAAGUCUCUGACGUGGACGAGUUUGGAAGCGCUGAGGGCCAGGAGGAGAAGAAGAGGAACGGCAGCAUCCAGGUCCUGACCUCCUUUCGCCGGAAAGUGAGGAUGUUAGCAGAGCCCGUCAAGACGUGUCGGCAAAGGAAGCUAGAAGCGAAGAAAGCAGCUGCAGAAAAGCUUUCCUCCUUGGAGAACGGGUCUAGCAAAGCUGAGAGAGAGAAGUCUGCUGCAGCACGCAACAAGCAAGGCAGCUCUGAGGCGGCAGGGCACGCAAAGCAGCUAGCAGAUCUUUUACGUCUUUCAGGACCAGCCACACAACAACAACAGCAGCAGCAACAACAACAUCCACAGCGCACUCUCCCUAACAACCCUCAGCCAAAUCCUGUUAACUCUUACUCGGGUUCAGGUUCUGCAAAUCUCUAUGUAAGGUUGCCUAAUCCAGCCAAUGCUUAUCCGAGCUCUUCAUACACUUCAGAUCCCUAUGGAGGGUCCAGUCCCAUGAACCUCUACACAACCUCAUCACAGCCUGCGGGGUCUUAUUUGAAUUCUUCCAGUCCCAUGAACCCUUAUUCAGGAUCAUUAAGUCAAAAUAACCAAUAUCCACCCUACCAAUGCAAUGGAAACAUGCCUAUGGACAACUGCCCCCCUUACUUGGGAUCCUACUCUUCCCAGCAUCAGCACGUGGACUUGUAUAGUUGCCAGAGCCAAGACCCCAUGUCUAAACUAAGUCUACCACCCAUUCAAACAUUAUACCAGCAUAGGUUUGGGAAUAACCAGAGUUUUGGUCCCAAGUACUUGAAUUACGGAAACCAAAAUAUGCAGGUAGACUCCUUCAGUAACUGCACCAUUAGACCAAAUGUACACCACGUGGGGUCUUUCUCCUCUUACUCCACCCAUGAGGCUGACGGCCAUUUUAUGGAGGUUGCCUCAAGGUUAAAAUCUAAUUUGAGUAAUCCGAGCAUGGAUUAUGCCUCCAUGAGUAAAAGCAGUGAACAUCAUCAUGUGCAACCCCUUCCACAUUUAGCGCACGACUACCAUUCUGCUCAAAACAUGUUUAGUGGUCCUCCUAAUUCACUGCAUCUCCAAAGUAAGGAUAGUGAAAUGAUUUCACAUGCAGUUAAUGGUUUGUCUAACAUGCUUCCAGGUCAAAACCAUGAUAGGACUACUUCCCAGGGUGGUUUAGAUAAAGCUGAAGUGGUGAAUCCAGAAAAAGCAGAGGAUCCCGAUGAAGUCUGGUCAGAUAGCGAGCAGAGCUUUCUGGAUCCAGAAAUUGGAGGAGUGGCAGUUGCUCCAUCUCACGGGUCAAUCCUCAUAGAGUGCGCAAAACGUGAGCUCCACGCAACGACUCCCUUAAAAAACCCCAACAGGAACCAUCCCACCAGAAUAUCCCUCGUCUUUUACCAGCACAAGAGCAUGAACGAGCCGAAACACGGUCUGGCUCUGUGGGAGGCAAAGAUGGCUGAGAAGGCAAGAGAGAAAGAGGAGGAAUGCGAGAAGUACGGCCCAGACUACGUGCCUCAGAAAUCUUACGGCAAAAAAGCCAAGCGGGAGCCCGCGGAGCCACACGAACCCUCGGAGCCCACCUACCUGCGCUUCAUCAAGUCUCUUGCACAAAGGACACUCUCGGUCACCACAGACUCCACAGUAACUACAUCUCCAUAUGCCUUUACACGGGUUACAGGGCCUUACAACCGAUAUAUCUAACUUCACACCUUUGUUGGUUACCUCAUUUGAAAAAAAAAAAAACAAACAAAACACCUUGUCAGUAGGGUAGUUCUUCUUUAGGUUUUGGGGAAGGCAAGGGUGAAGAAGAAAACAGUGUUUUUACAAAACCCGUCAGUGGAAAAAGCCUCAGCACACCAGCAACACGAGGUAAUCUCACUUAGCGCACUUAUUUUCCACUGAUUUUUAAGUGGUCACAGAUGGCAUGUAGGGAACAAGACCAAAGCAUCCUAUGCAAAAACAAAAGCAAAAGAAAAAAAAAAAAAGUGUUUCACAAUUUACAUUUGAAAACACUGGCUCCAUUACUGAAAGAGAUAAUCUGCAGAUAGAUUAUUUUUUUUUUUUUCUUACAGUUUUGCACAUCUGUGGCCACUUUUAAUGUCAUCAAGUUUGCAUAGUCAUGGAACAGGAGCAAAAAAAAAAGAAAAACCCUAAAAAAAUAAUACUGUAGUAUUACAACUGCAGGAAUCUUAAAAUAACAUCUGGUGCUGAAUCUACGAUGUACUGAAAUACUGGAAUUAUGGCUUUUUAACAUGCAGUUUUUACUGUAAUCUUAUUAGUCUCUUGAUUUUAUUUAACAAAGUAGAUAAGUAUAAAACAUAAUGAAUAGACAGCAAAACACUGAAUUUGUUUGGAUAUUCUAAAACCAUGGUGCUAUCUAAGAGAAUGGUGUCUUUAUUUUAACAGUCAAACAGUUAAUGCCUUUAUAACAAAAUGUCAAUGAUGUAGUCAAAUGUUCUUCGACAACAGGGAGGACCUUUUCAUUCAUGUAUGUAUUGAAUUUACCUGGUGUUAAAAUAAGCUUACUUUUUAACAUAUGGGAAUUACAAAGACCUCUGGAUUUUGCUCAUCCAGUCAAGUCCUAGAAAAGGACAAUAAAAUAGAGAGAGAGAUAUUUUUUUUUAAAUAGUGUUUCAAAAGCACUUUGUCUACCUAAGCUUGGCAACUUGAACAAUGCUAAGGUACUAAGACAUUAAAAAAAAAAAAAAAAAGGAAAAAAGUUUACUUUGAUUUUAAAAUGCAAAGAUAAUUUUUUUAGACUAAAAAAAAAAGCUUUUAAAUACUUUUGUUUUAGCCAUGCAUCUGCUAGUGGGCUACAUAUCCAUUUUUAAUACAGUCAGUUAUGGCAAAAAUGGGGCUUACUGGAUAUAAGGGAAUACUUUAGUACACAAAACACAUGUUUUUCUGGUGCUCAUCUCACACAGCUAUACUGUAAACUGUUUUCUACAAUUAUUAUGACAAGUUCAUUGCUCAAAUAUGUACAGUUUUAAGGAAAAGAAUUUUAUAUUAACCACAGGUAAUAAUUAGCAGCAUGCGACAGACUACAACUAGUUAGCUUGGGCUUCUGUUUCUAAAGAUCUGUGUGCUCUUCAAAUAUUGAAUGGCAGAUCGCUUUUGUGUUGAUAAUUAUGUACAUUGUGGUGUUAAGUCAUUUCUUGGUGCAAGUGUCCUCUUUGCCAGGAAGAUUGAGCAGACCGAUGCCUACACAAGAUGAAUGAAACAGGGUUAGUUCUGUGUGAUUCCGUUGAUGAAAUAGAAAAAAAAAAAAUAAAAAAUAGGCAGCUGGCUUGCUGUGGUGGUUUUAAAUCAUUAAUUUCUAUUAAAAAAAAUAAAAGCAGGAGAGUUGUAUAGUAAAUUAAAUUGUAAACAAAACUUUUUUUAACGCAAUGCUUUAGUAUUUUAGUACUGUAAAAAUAUUAAAUCUAUAUAUAUUUGGGUUUUGAGCUGAAUUCACAUCAUGGUGCUACUCAGCCUGCUACAAAUAUAUCAUAAUGUGAGCUAAAAAGAAAAAUACAUUAAAAGGUUUGAGUGAUGUUCCUACUUGUCAUAUACCUCAACACUAGUUUGGCAAUAGGAUAUUGAACUGAGUGUGAAAGUUUAUAUAUUGUAUACCAUCUUUUUCCCCCAAUAGCCUUUGAAAAAAACAAAUAAAAAAAAAUAAAACAAAAAAAACUCUCUCAAUACUUGACAUUUUAGCAAGUAUAACUUGAACUUCAACUUUUUUUUUUUUUUUUGGUUCUAAAAAUUCAGGGAUAUUUCAGCUCAUGUUCUCCUAUGCCAACGUGUCACCUGUGUGUAUGUAAAGCUGUUAUAGGUUAAAUAUAUUAUUCUUGGGCUUUUUGUUUUGUUGUUUUUUUUUUUUCUUUUUUCAGGGAUUUAAUGCUUUUCUUUUGAAUCCCUUCUCUAAUUUUUCUUGUACAUGUAUUGAUGUAACUAAAACUAAUUUUGUAAAUUCGUUAGCUCUUUUUAUUGUAAUGAAAGUGUUUAAGAGAUUUAGAAUGUUUUGCCUGUUUCAAACGAAUAAACAAAAAGAAAGUAGAAUGCACUGAGCUGAUUAAAGGGAAAAACGUAAGGCAGGGGUUUGGCAAGUGACUGUUUGCUAGAGUUGUUCAAGUCACUCUCUAAACAAGGCUUCUUGAAUACUGUAAUGAAUUAAAUAGAAUAUAAAAAGGUACAGUCUGUACAAGGGCUUCCCUAAACACGCAAACCUCCACGUCCCAGAUAUAUCUUGUGCAAUAUACUGUAAGAUUAAGUUUGGUCGAAAGAAAUUUUAUCUAACAGAAUCACAACCUAACUCGAGUAAAUCAAAGGAGGCCUUUGGGUUUAAAUGGUCAAAUAUUUAUUAUGGCAAUUUUGUUUUUUAAUUCUCAGUCUGUGACUUCACCCACUGCAUUGAAACAAAAGUUUCGCCUUUUUUUAAAAAAAAAAAAAUUAAUGAUGGUUAUGUGUCAGAUUAAUUAAAUCCUUAUAAAUCUUCAUCUUUCGGUGAUUUUUUUUUUGAAAUUUUUUUUUAAAGUCCUAUAUUAUUCAUGUAAUCCAUAGUAGAUGUUUGGUUAAUAUGCCGUGCACCAUCAUUUGCCAAACUGCUGGCAGCCGGAGCGGGAGCUGAGUUGGCCAAUCAGUUUCGUAUUGUAAAUACCCAAACUGUAAUUUUUGGUGUACAGAACCCUGCCUCAGUUGGAACGAAUGACAAAGCAGACAUAAAAUUGCUUGUAUAGGAUUAUCAGGUUGACUAUAGCCAUACUUGAAGAUGCUUCUGAGUGGUGUCAACUUUACUUGAAUGAAUUUUUCAUCUUGAUUGACGCACAGUGGUAAAAAGUUCACUUCUAAAGCUAGUGGUUAACUUGUGUAGGAAACUUUAGCAGUUUGACACUAAGGUAAUGAACUUCUGUGUGCAUUUUCUAUGCUUAUGUUCUACUUUUUUUUUUUUUUUUUACUUUAGUUUCAUUCAUUUUCAUGAAAUGUUUGGUAUGUCUAUAAAAAGAAUCCGAGGAUGGUUAUAAAUACUGUAAGUAUUGUAAUGUAAUGCAGGUUAUUUGAAAGCUGUUUAUUAUUAUAUCAUUCCUGAUAACGCUGAGAUGUGGGUGUUUUUAAUAAAAUUUAUAUUUAUUUAAUGCACUCUAA